AUGGAAGAUUAUUUUAGUUCACUGAUAGGGGAAGCGACUAGGGUCCGCUUGAUAGGAACAGUGUCAGGCGAACCUGGCACUGCCUUGAUCGUGCAAGUGGAGGAAGGGUUGUGGAAACAGAAUGCUUUUCUAGUGGCACCUCAUGUAACCACCUCAGUGAGGGCAGAUCACUCAGCCAAAGAGCUGGGGUACCUCACCUACGAGUUAUGCAACCAAGCAAGUAACAUACUGGGUGAGCAAUAUUUUUCUCAGGGAACGUUGGAAUAUUGGCAAGAGAACCAGAUCAUUGAAGGAGUUAUCAGCCGCCAUCAGCCAACAGCAAACGACAUGGACAAACAUCAGAUUUGGGCGACAUCACCGCAUGAGGUAGGACUGACAUAUUGUGUACCUGUAAUGAUCACGCUCAAGCCGGAUGUCCGCCUCCCUGCAGUUCCCCAAUAUCCUUUAAAACCAGAAGCAGUGGCAGGAAUACAACAGCUGGUGCAGUCUCUUUUACACCAGGGUAUAUUGGUGCAGUGUCACUCACCAUGUAACACCCCGAUCUUCCCGGUACCCAAGCCUGGACGCUCAGAGUGGAGGCUAGUACAAGACCUCCGUGCAAUUAAUGAGAUCGUUACGCCUAUGCACGCCAUCGUACCGAACCCCGCAACUAUCCUGAGCCAGGUUCCCGCCUCUGCGACAAUCUUCACAGUUAUUGACCUACAACAUGCAUUCUUUUCAGUCCCACUGCAUCCCGAUUGCCAAUACCUUUUCGCCUUUACAUACGAAGGACAACAAUAUACAUGGACACGCCUGCCACAAGGUUUUGUACAUUCGCCCACUCUGUUUUCCCAAGUACUAGCAGACCAGUUAAAAACAUUAACCCUCCCACAAGGCUCCAUUGUAAUUCAGUAUGUUGAUGAUUUACUUCUGGCCAGCUCUGAUGAGGCCUGCAACAUUAUUGACACUGCAAAGUUAUUAGAAGCCUUACAUGCUUGGGGGUAUGUGAUCCCUGAGAGGAAAGUUAAAGAGGGCAAGAAGGAGGUUAAAUUUCUUGGAAUUAUGAUUAGUGCCACUGAAAGAGCACUUACUCCAGCAAGAGUGGACCCUAUUGUUCGAUACCCAAAACCAGAAACCCCCAAACAGAUGAGAGCCUUCUUGGGGUUAGUGAACUUUUGCCCCAUCUCCAUUGAAGCCCAGGGAGAGGCGGCGGCCAUCUUUGAUCAGGGCACUUCUUCCAUUGAAGGCAAUGAGAAGGGAGGGGCCGGGCCCGGUGACGUUCUACCCCUCCGCGCGAUGACGUCCGGCCCCAUACGCGGUGACGUUGAGAAGCGUUAUGAGUGUGACGUGUGUGGCAAGGCCUGCCGGAGCCCGAGCGAGCUGGAGGCCCACCGGCGGGUGCACACGGGAGAACGGCCCUUCGACUGCUCGGACUGCGGCAAGAGUUUCACGACAGCGAAUGUCCUGGAGACCCACCGGAGGUUGCACACGGGCGAGAAGCCCUAUGGCUGCUCCACAUGUGGCAAGAACUUUGCCUUGUUGUCUAGGCUACGGCAGCACCGGCAGUUGCACACGGGCGAGAAGCCCCAUGUCUGCCCCACCUGCGGCAAGAGCUUUGCCCGAGUGUCGGCGCUGUGGGUGCACCAGCGGGUGCACAGCAGUGAGCGGCCCUUCACCUGCUCCGACUGCGGCAAAGGCUUCAAGUCGUCCAGGGAACUGAAGGUGCACAGGCACGUGCACACCAGCGAGCGCCCCUACACCUGUAGCGACUGCGGCAAGGGCUUCACCCAGUACAGCGGCCUGCAAAAUCACCAGCGCACCCACACCGGCGAGCGCCCCUACACCUGCGCUCAGUGCGGCAAGGGCUUCCCCACCUCCACCAGGCUGCUGAUACACCAGCGCUCCCACGCUGGCGAGCGCCCCUACACCAGCGCCCAGUGCGGCAAGGGUUUCACCCGCUCCUCCAACCUGCUGGUUCACCAGCGCACCCACACCAGCGAGCGCCCCUACACCUGCGCCCAGUGCGGCAAGGGCUUCACCCAGUCCUCCAACCUGCUGGAGCACCAGCGCACCCACACUGGCAAGCGCCCCUACACCUGCGCCCAGUGCGGCAAGGGCUUCACCAACUCUGGCUCCCUGCAGAGGCACAAGCGCACCCACACCGGUGAGCGCCCCUACACCUGCGCCCAGUGCGGCAAGGGCUUCACCAACUCUGGCGCCCUGCUGGUUCACCAGCGCACCCACACCGGCGAGCGCCCCUACACCUGCGCCCAGUGCGGCAAGGGCUUCACCCAGUAUGGCAGCCUGCAGAGGCACCAGCUCACCCACACUGGCGAACGCCCCUUCACCUGCGCCCAGUGUGGAAAGGGCUUCACCCGCUCCGCCACGCUGCUGGUGCACCAGCGCACCCACACCGGCGAACGCCCCUACACCUGCGCCCAGUGUGGCAAGGGCUUCACCCAGUCCUCCAACCUGCUGAAGCACCAGCGCACCCACACCGGCGAGUACACCUGCGCCCUGGGCGGCAAGGGCUUCACCAAGUCCAGCGGCCUGCAGAAGCACCAGCGCACACACACCCGCGAGCGCCCCUUCACCUGUGCCCAGUGCGGCAAGGGCUUCACCCAGUCCUCCAACCUGUAUAGGCACCAACGCACCCACACCGGCGAGCACCCCUACACCUGUGCCCAGUGCGGCAAG